CACCGCGAGGGCCCGAGCUUUGAACCUGAGUUAGAGCACUGGGAUGGCAGUCUCCACUUCCCAGAUGUGGGUUUGGGUGGGAGGCCAACCUUGCGUUUCCGGGUAGCUGGGGUUCUUGGUUGGUUUUGGUUAGGAUCAGGGUGAGAAGUAGCGAGCCGGUGGCCUCAGCCACAGUAAGUGCUACUGGGCUCCUGUAUCCCUCUCCGGAUUGUCGCGGCCAUUUCUUACAUCUGUGACUCUCCGGAAAGCCUUCUCGAGCAACCCCUCCCCCGCGCUGUCAUUUUUUGUCUUUACCUUUCAGACACCCCCGCCCCGGCACCUGGGAAUCCAAACCGUCCAGAUCUCCCGAGACACCGCCCCUGGCGAGGGUGGAUCUUAGGGGACGCUCUCCGAGAAUUGCCCGCGAGGUGUAGGGACCCACGGGUAGCGGCUGGAAGUGGGGGUGGCGGCUCGAGCAAUCCGGGCCUGGGAGAUCCAGAGCCUCUGCCCUGCGGCCCCCUCAUUCUCCGCGGCGUCCAGCUCCGCCUCUCUGUGCAGUGCUUCCUGUGGGACUGCAUCCUGGGAAAGGAAUCUUCUGGAAAUUUCCCUGGACACAAGCUGACAUUUUUAAGCCCAGAACCCCUGGGCCUUUCCAGGUUUCCAGGCGAGUCGGUUUUGAGACAACAUGUCUGCUUCAGUGAACGAAAGCCUUCAGCUUCAGCUGCUGGAGAUGGAAAUGCUGUUUUCUAUGUUUCCUAACCAAGAAGAAGUAAAACUUGAAGAUGUAAAUGCCCCGAGGAAUAUAAAGAGAUAUUUGGAAGGUACAAGGGAGGAGCUACCACCAAAUAUUGAAUUUGUCAUUACACUUCAAAUUGAGGAGCCCAAGGUGACAAUUGACUUACAAGUAACCAUGCCUCACAGCUACCCCUACGUAGCACUGCAGCUAUUUGCCCGGUCACCUGAGCUUGAUAGACAACAGCAGCUACUUCUCAACAACAGUCUCACUUCUUAUAUAGGGACUUUUGAUCCAGGUGAGCUCUGUGUAUGUGCAGCAAUUCAGUGGCUCCAGGACAAUAGUGCAACGUAUUUCUUAAACAGAAAGCUCGAGCAUGAACCAUCUGCCCAAGCAAAGCCAGUCAAGAACACAUUCCUCCGAAUGUGGAUCUACAGUCACCAUAUCUAUCAGCAGGACCUAAGGAAAAAGAUUUUGGAAGUGGGGAAAAGAUUAGAUGUAACUGGAUUUUGCAUGACAGGAAAACCUGGUAUAAUCUGUGUGGAAGGUUUCAAGGAGCACUGUGAGGAGUUCUGGCACACAAUUCGGUACCCUAACUGGAAGCACAUUUCCUGUAAGCACACAGAGAGCAUGGAGACGGAAGGAAAUGGCAAGGACCUGCGCCUUUUUCAUUCUUUUGAAGAAUUACUCCUUGAGGCCCAUGGUGACUAUGGAUUAAGGAAUGAUUAUCACAUGAAUCUGGGUCAAUUCUUAGAAUUUCUCAAAAAGCACAAAAGUGAGCAUGUUUUUCAGAUAUUAUUUGGUAUUGAAAGCAAAAAUGCAGACUCCUAGGAAGGUACUGAGGCCUGUUCUUAUAAUUUCCCUAAGUCAGUGUUAUUUAUUAAGACCAAAAUAAAAAGGCCAGUGGCUAUGUAGCAUCUUCAGUGAGAACCCUAGCUCCAGAAUUUUCUCCUGGUGAUGAAACAAAUAGGUCUUGUAACUGUAACAGUUUAAUUGUGAUGUUACCUGUAGGUUCCUGUAUUGUCUUUUGAAAAUGAUUUCAUUGUAAAUAAAAACCCAU